CCGUCACGUCUAUUAUUGAAACUUAUGGCCAGAAUUUGUAUGAACUAUUAAUUAAACACAAAUUAAUGAUCUAUAGGCCCAUCAAAUUGCACACGUCCCGAGACUGCGGCUCUAUUGACUUUGUCCAAUCAGUUAACUGUGCUUCGUGCAUGGCAUUAAAGUAAUUGCAAUAUCGUUACGAACAAUACAACUUCAACUAUAGCAACAUUAACGCAACUUGAUUCACAUCAUUAGGUGCGGGAAGUUUUUACCUUCAGUUGAAGCAGAGCUUCGCAAGCAGUCGUUUGACAUGGAGCCCAAGAGAAAGCCGAGGUUAGUGAGGAAAGGGGUAACAAAAGAUUUGCCCCCUCCAGAAGUAAACGAAACGGACUCAGUUCCACUUGAAGCAUUUGCAAGCAAAAAACCUUGUUUUAAAGAAAUCGUCAAGAGAAAAAUAGAGGAAGACAGAAUGACCACAUUGAAAGAGAGGACAGACAACUUUAUUAACGAAACGAGUUUUACCGCCAUCGCUAGGAUCGUCAAAGCUAACACUAUUUUGAAGAAGAUUAUUUGGCUGAUCCUUGUCAUGGCCAUGAUGGCCUGGCUUACCAUUCAGUGCUACUGGCUACUGGAUAAGUAUUUCAGUUACCCAGUGGAGGUCAAAAUUGAGCUGAAGUCGGCACCCAAACUGGCUUUUCCGAGUGUAACAGUUUGUAACAGGAAUCCUCUGAAGAAAUCCAAACUAGCUGGGUCCGUGUUCUCCCGACUGAGAGACAAGUUAGAUUUGAAAACAGACACGACUCUGUAUAACGGGGCCAUGGAACAACUUCAGAACAAAGGCCAUUCAGGACCGCAUCACACUGAGGAGAACCUGACAUCACUGGUCCAGGAACACGGCUUUAAUAUGUGGGACGGAUUGCAAAAUGAAUCUGUGGCGGGAACGUUUUACAAAACAUCCAGCUCAGAGAUAAUAGCCGCAUCAGCGUAUGCGUCGAUGGCGCUGUUGGAGGAUGAUGACAGCAUAGAGGAAUUUGGUCAUCAGAAAACGGACAUGAUUACAUCCUGUGUAUUCUCCGGACAACAGUGUUCUCCUGCGAACUUUACGUAUCUACACAACAGCAAGUAUGGCAACUGCUACACGUUUAAUUCCGCGAAUGACCCCAACCCACAACUUUACACCUACUACGCCGGGCCUCUGAUGGGUUUAACUUUAGAAUUCAAUAUUCAACAGAGUGAGUACAUAUCUGCUCUGGCACCGGAUGCCGGAAUCCGUGUUUCUAUACAUGAACGGGGCACGUAUCCAUUUCCGGAAGAUGACGGAUUUACUAUUUCUCCCGGAUCCGCCUCUUCUGUUGCAUUGAGACAGGUAUAUAUUAGUCGCCUCGAACCCCAGCAUGGAAACUGUUCUAAGAACCCUACCGUGGUGGACGAUUACAUGGAUAAAUAUGGAUUUACUUACCACAAACGCACUUGCCUGAAGUCCUGCUACCAGCAGACACUCAUUCAGCUAUGCAACUGCGCAUGUCCAAACUUUCUCGUACCACAGAACUAUACCAACAUUUGUGAUUUUACCAAUGAAACUAUAUCGACAUGUACAAGUGAAAGUGUUGAGCAAUGGGAUACCUGUGACGAGAAAUGUCCAAGCAACUGUCAAGAGAACCAAUAUGAAACUACCGUCACUGCAUCUGCAUGGCCUUCUAAAGCUUACGAGAGCUAUCUGAACAGUCGGAUGAAAUUGACAUCAAAUGAGUUCAUGGAUGGUGGACCGAACACCGAUAAGGAUGAAAAUCUCGUUAAGCUUGAAAUCUACUUUGCGGAGAUGACUUAUAAGAGCAUUGAAUCCCAGAAAGCUUACGAGUCGCAGAACCUGAUAUCUGACAUCGGGGGCCAGCUCGGUCUCUGGUUGGGACUGUCCGCUAUUACUAUCGGAGAGAUCGUGGAGUUUGCCAUGUCCCUGUUUCGUCUGUGUACCGCCAAGUUCCUGACCAAGAAACACCGCACCGCGGACUCCACCCCUGUCCAAGCCUUCGUCAACGGCUCGUAGACAUCACCAUUUUUAUCAACGUUUCUUAGACUUACAUCAGCGUCUCCUAGUCAUCACUGUUCACAUCAACGUUUUCUAGUCAUCACUGUCCACAUCAACGUCUCCUAGACAUCUCUGUUCACAUCAACGUCUCCUAAACAUCACUGUCCACAUCAAUGUCUCCUAGACAAGUAUCAACGUCUCCUAGACAUCACUGUUUACAUCAACGGCUCCUAGACAUCACUGUCCACAUCAACGUCUCCAAAACAUUUCUGUUAACAUCAACAGCUCUUGGACAUCACUGUUCAUAUCAAGUCUCCUAGACAUCACUGUUCAUAUCAACGUCUCCUAGACAUCACUGUUCACAUCUAUCAACUUUUCUUAAAUAUCUUUAUCAACUUGCACCAAUGUCUCCUAAACAUCAAUUUUAUAUCAACGCCCCUAGACUUAGAUCAACAUCUCCUAGACAAGCAUCAAUGUCCCCUUCACUGUUCAUAUCAACGUCUCUUUAAACAUACAUCAACGUCUCCUAGACAUUCACUGUUGAUAUAAACGUCUCCUAGACUACAUUGUUUAUAUGCAUGUAAUCACCAAACAUACGUAACUGCUGAUUUGAUCUACAAUAUUCUCUAGACAUCUACAGUCAAAGUCCAGUAAUUACAUAAACAACUUUUUGGAGAUGUCUUUUUUGACAUUUUCAACUUUUUAAAA